AUGAAAAAGUGUAUAUGGGCAACAUACAGAAUUGAGGAUUUUGAAGAGCAAUGGAAGAAGUUAGUUGAGGAGCAUGAAUUGGAACAAAAUGAAUGGCUACAACAACUUUAUGAAAUUUGUGAAUCUUGGGUUCCAGUAAAUAAUCGCAGAACGUUUUUUGCUGGAAUGAAUACAACAGGGCGUAGUGAAGGCACUAAUGCAUUAUUUGAUGACUUUGUUACAUCAAUGACCAAUCUAAGAGAAUUUGUUGUCAAGUAUGAACAAGCCUUACAUAAGAUUAUUACAAGGGAAAGUAGCGAAGAUUUUACAUCAGAGCAUAAAUAUUGUAUUGUGAAUGAUGAUGACUUUCUUUUGAAACAUGCAGCACAGGUGUAUACUAGAAAUAUAUUUGAAAAAUUCAAGAGCGAAUGGUCUAGAGUCAAAUGGCUCAAAGUUGAAGAAAGGGGUUUCGAUGAUCAAUUUCACAGAUACUCAUUGAUGAAGAAAAAUGAUAACUCAAAAGAGUUUUUGGUGGAGUUGAAUUUACAAACACGUGAGGCCUUGGUAAAGAAUGAUGGUAAAGAACAAUCAGAAGCAUUGAGAUUUAGUCAUAUGAGUCGGACAGCUACUCAACUAGCUUGUUAUGCAGCACCUUCAGAUGAGGCCUACACAAUGUACAUGGAUGGUUUAGAUGAAUUGUGCAAAAAAAAUUCAAAAGUUAAUAAGGUGUCAAAAGAAGAUGCUAUGGAGUCUCAAGAUAAUGUUUUUCGAGAUGAAGCAGAUCAAUGUACGAGUAAGUCCUCCGAGUCAUUGCUUUUGGAUCCAAAUAUCUCAAAAACCAAGGGUAGAAAGAAGGAUGAGAAUAGUAGAAGAAAAAGUAAAAGCUCUAAGAGGAUAAAAGGCGAUCAUAUAGUUUCACUUGAUGUAUAA